GUUCCGCCCUUCUGCUUCCCUUUCCGCUGCAGGAAUCUAGCGUGCCUAAGGUGUUUGGUUCUUCACCCGAAGCUAAGGCCUCCAAUCCGGCGACUAGCACCGUCACAUUUAGGCAUCCGAGCCCGCAGUUCUUCGAACUUUCAUCUACGAUGGCGUCUGUGUCCGAACUGGCCUGUAUUUAUUCCGCUCUCAUCCUCCAUGACGAUGAAGUCACCGUGACCGCCGACAAGCUGAACGCUCUGAUCAAGGCUGCUGGAGUCACCGUGGAGCCGUUCUGGCCAACACUGUUUGCUAAGGCCCUCUCCAGCGUUGACAUCGGCAGUCUGAUCUGCAACGUCGGAGCUGGAGGCGGAGCUCCAGCCGGAGCACCUGCUGCUGGAGCUGCUGCUGCUGCUGGAGACGCCCCAGCUAAGGAGGAGGAAAAGAAAGAAGAGAAGAAGGAAGAGUCCGAGGAGUCCGAUGACGACAUGGGAUUUGGUCUCUUUGAUUAAAGUGAUUUCUUUUUCAAGAAAAAACACAAUAAAUUUUUAAAAAAUGA